CCAGCCCUGUGCGUGUCAGCGGGCUGAGACUGACGGGAGAUUCCAAGAUGGCCGCGCUCAUUUGAACCAUCCUCCCUAUCCUUGUGUAUGCGGCUCUCUGGCUGUUCUUAUCUUUCCUUAUUUCGACCAGUAGGUACUAGGCAUCACCCCCAGGCCUCUGUCUAGCGCCGAGAGCACGGACGGACGAUUACUUUACAACCAGAAAUAAUGUGGAUAUUUGGAACCCAUGUCGAACAUCUAUGAAGAGAGGCAAGCAAUGAUUGCAGCAGGGGAUUUGCAGGAGUUUGUUCCUUUUGGCCGUGAUCACAGUAAGCACCACCCCAAUGCUCUGAAUCUCCAGCUUCGCCAGCUACAGCCAGCCUCUGAGUUGUGGUCAUCUGAUGGGGCAGCAGGCUUGGUUGGAUCACUGCAGGAGGUAACAAUUCACGAGAAACAAAAGGAAAGUUGGCAGCUAAGAAAAGGUGUUGGUGAUCCUGGCGACGAUGUGGAAUAUGACGAGGAGAUCUAUCUGGCUGGAAACAUGGUGAUUUGGAGCAAGGGUAGUAGAACUCAGGCUGCAGCAGUAUAUAAGGCAUUUACUGUUGACAGCCCUGUUGUUCAGGCUGUCUGGUGUGAUUUUACCAUACUUGAUCGGACUGACAAUGACAGUGCUCCAGAUAAAGUGGAAAAAUGUGUCUGUAUCCUGCAAGGCUCCUGUAUCAAUGUCCAUAACACUGAAGGAAAGGAUUACAUCGCGCCUUUGCCUUUUCAGGUAGCCAAUGUUUGGCCCACAAAAUAUGGCUUAUUGUUUGAACGCAACGGUUAUACUCCUGAGGUUCCACAAAGUCCUCCACGAGAAGCUUUGCCGACCAUGUUUAGCAUGUUGCAUCCUUUAGAUGAGAUAACCCCCCUGGUUUGCAGAUCUGGAGGUAUAUUUGGCAGCUCACGAGUGCAAUAUGUGUCAGAUAACACCAUGAGAAUUGUAUUCACCAGUACUGAACCUUCCAUUGUAAUGACAUAUGACACAGUACAAGGUUCUCACACUGUUUGGGCUCUCCGGAAAGUAAAGCCAGAGGAACAAAAUUCUGUCUUGAAGUAUCCUGACCAACUCGGCACUCCACAACAUGGGAUGAUUAACAGUUCUCUGGCAGCUCACCUGAGGAGCGUGUCGAAAGCAGAUUCUCCUACAGCGUCUCCAUUCCAGAAUUACUCCUCCCUCCACAGCCAGAGUCGCUCAGUGUCUUCACCAAGCAUUCAGUCCCGUUCCCACUCUCCAUCUAUUUCCAACAUGGCUGCAUUAAGCCGGUCUCAUUCGCCUGCCUUAGGGGUGCAUUCAUUUUCAGGGGUACAGAGAUUCAAUUUCUCCAGUUACAGCCCUUCGCCAAAGAGACUUGGUGCUUCUCAUUCUCCCAACAGUACAUCUAGUGACUUUCUUUGUACAGAGACAGAACCUAUUGUGCCAGAGCUCUGCAUUGACCAUCUUUGGACUGAGACUGUCACACACACCAGAGAAAAGAACUCUCAAGCAACAAAAGUAUUUAUUACAACGGAUCUAUGCGGCCAGAAAUUUUUGUGCUUCCUAGUAGAGUCCAAGCACCAACUACGCAUGGUCAAGUUUGAAGAAAGCAACGACAAGUCACAGUUGAUCUUUGGUUCUCUCACUAGCAUUUUUGCAAAGGAUGCUGCUCCUGUACAGAGCUUUGACACAAUGGUGGUGUUGGAGACCAAUGGAAACCUGGUUCUGUACACUGGCGUUGUCCGGGUUGGAAAAAUUUUCAUUCAAGGACUUGCUGCUCCAUCACUUGGCAUGUCAAACCCAAUGCCACGACCGAGCACGCCACUGGAGAGCAUCAGCACACCAACCAAACCACUGAGCAAGCACCUGGCUCCAAUGGAUGAGAUGGCAGGUAUAUUGUCUCCCGUUCCUGAGCUGCGGGAUUCCACAAGGCUCCAUGAAUCUACCUAUUUAGAUGACUGCACUUUCCAUUCGAUUGGCACUUACAUUCAUGCUGUUCGAGAUCCUGUACACAACAGAGUGACACUGGAAAUGAGCAAUGGAUCCAUGGUUAGAAUCAGUAUUCCAGAUAUUGCAACCUCAGAACUGGUUAAAAAGUGUCUUCAAGCCAUUAAAUACAUCCUACCAAAAGAAAUAGCUGUUCAAAUGCUGAUCAAGUGGUAUAACUCCCACAAUGCACCGGGGGGUCCUAGCAACCAUUCUGAAUGGAAUCUGUUUGUUACUUGUCUUAUGAAUAUGAUGGGUUACAACACAGACAAGCUUCCGUGGACUCACAAUCUUGACUUUGAAGGAUCCCUUUCACCGGUUAUUGCUCCUAAGAAAGCUCGUCCUUCAGAAACUGGAUCAGAUGAGGACUGGGAAUAUCUUAUUCAUUCUGACUACCACCGCUGUAUUGAAAGUCACACUCUAGCACGGGCACUGCAGUUAGACCCGUUAGAAGUGCCAGCAGUGGAAGAUGACCAGCAUACCCUUAAUCUGGACUCCACUGCACUCCUCUUCAGCCACAUUCCUGCCAUAUUCUCUGUGCUUCAUCUGGCCUACGAAGAGCUAAAACUUAAUACUUUAAUGAGAGAAGCAAUUAGGUCACUGGUGACCCUACUUCUGCAAUUGGCUAGGGAUUUAAAUUUGAAUGCUUACAUGGAUCUUUACUCCAGAGACUAUCCAACACUUGUGAAAACUACUGGGCAGAUUUGUCGCAUGGAGCCAACCCAAGUUGGUUUUAUGAAUUAUCCUUCAUUUUUUGAGGAUGAUCGUCCACCAAGUAUCUACCAUUGGGUCAGCACUUGUCUGCAAGGCAAAAAGGCCCCACCUUAUCCAUACUUGCCUGGAAUCUGCGAGAGAAGCAAGCUCGUAGUUCUGAGUGUCGCUUUAUAUAUACUUGGAGAUGAGAGCUCGGUGACACGGGAACCGUCCAAGUACCUGUCUAAAAUUACAGCAGGACAAAGAAAGCAGCAACAGGAAGAUGAAAGGAGGUACAGUCUGAAACCCUGCCCCACUGUUUCCAGCCUAUCUGAAAAGCUUGUGGUCUGGAUGACCAAUAUAGGUUUUACACUACGGGAUCUGGAAUCUCUGCCUUUUGGUGUUGCUCUACCCAUAAGACAUGCAGUCUAUCAAUGUCGGCAGCAGCCUGCUUCUGAUUGGCCAGAAGCAGUCUGCCUUCUCAUAGGACGCCAAGACCUUUCUAAACAAGCUUCUGAUGGAAACUUGCCAAAGACCAAGUCAGUGUCUACUGCCAAGGUUCCCUCCCCGGAGGUACCUCCUGCAGGAGAAGCAGAGGAAGAGGAUGAUGGUAUGAGCGAUUUGAAUCAGGCAGUGAUGUCAUUGAUAUGGAGUGAAGACAUGCGUGUGCAGGAAGUACGUAGGCUUCUUCAGAGUUCCCACCCUGUGCGUGUAAAUGUUGUGCAGAUGCCUGAAGUUAGCGACCAUGAGUACAUUGAGGAGAAGGAGAACAGACUCUUGCAGCUUUGUCAGAGGACCAUGGCUCUGCCUGUGGGGCGCGGAAUGUUCACCUUGUUUUCUUACCACCCUGUACCAACAGAACCUCUUCCAAUUCCAAAACUGAAUCUUACAGGUCGAGCUCCACCAAGAAACACAACUGUAGAUCUCAACAGCGGAAACAUUGACGUGCCCCCAAAUAUGGCUUGCUGGGCCAGCUUUCACAAUGGAGUGGCUGCAGGCCUGAAAAUAGCUCCCGCCUCCCAGAUAGAUUCUGCCUGGAUUGUUUACAACAAGCCAAAAAAUGCUGAGCUGGCUAAUGAGUAUGCUGGCUUCCUCAUGGCCCUGGGCUUAAAUGGGCACCUCACCAAGUUGGCAACUUUGAACAUACACGACUAUCUGACAAAGGGCCACGAGAUGACCAGCAUUGGGCUCCUGCUUGGUGUUUCAGCUGCCAAGCUUGGUACGAUGGAUAUUUCAAUUACACGACUUCUCAGCAUCCACAUCCCUGCCCUGUUACCUCCAACUUCCACGGAGCUCGAUGUGCCACAUAAUGUGCAAGUGGCUGCUGUGAUUGGAAUUGGUUUGGUUUACCAGGGAACUGCCCAUAGACACAUAGCUGAGAUUCUACUUGCAGAAAUAGGCCGUCCCCCGGGACCUGAAAUGGAAUACUGCACAGAUAGAGAGUCCUAUUCACUAGCAGCUGGACUGGCUUUGGGAAUGGUGUGCCUAGGGCACGGGAGUAAUUUGAUUGGCAUGUCUGACUUGAACGUUACAGAGCAGCUUUACCAGUACAUGGUUGGAGGUCACAAACGGUCACAUGUUGGCAUAAACAGAGAGAAGCAUAAAUCCCCCAGUUAUCAGAUCAAGGAAGGUGACAGCAUAAAUGUAGAUGUCACAUGUCCUGGGGCGACACUGGCAUUAGCUAUGAUUUACCUAAAAACCAACAACAGGUCAAUCGCUGACUGGCUGCGCGCUCCCGAUACCAUGUACUUACUUGACUUUGUAAAACCAGAAUUCCUUUUAUUAAGGACUCUUGCAAGAUGCCUAAUUUUAUGGGAUGACAUUCUGCCAAAUGCUAAUUGGGUGAACAGUAAUGUGCCCCAGAUCAUUACAGACAACAGCAUAUCACUUAAUGGAACAGAACAGCCAUUAUCAGAAGAUCUAAACUUGGAAACACUGGCACAAGCCCAUGUUUACAUUAUUGCUGGCGCUUGCCUGGCUUUAGGCUUUCGAUUUGCUGGGUCUGCAAACCAGGCUGCAUUCAACUGCUUGUGUAAAUUCGCAAAAGACUUUGAAUGCUUAUCAGGUCAAGCUGCUGGCAUAACCGGUCAUUAUAACCUGGAAACCUGUCUCAGUGUGGUGCUGUUGUCCCUAUCCAUGGUCAUGGCUGGCUCAGGCAACCUGACUGUCCUUCAGUUAUGUCGUUUUAUGCACAAGAAAACCGGCGGGGAAAUGAAUUAUGGCUUUCACUUAGCACAUCACAUGGCAUUGGGCCUUCUCUUCCUCGGAGGUGGGCGUUAUACUCUAAGUACUACAAAUUCUUCUAUCGCUGCACUGCUUUGCGCACUAUAUCCUCACUUCCCUGUGCACAGCACAGAUAACAGGUAUCACCUUCAAGCUCUGCGGCACCUUUACGUGCUGGCUGCUGAGCCACGGCUCCUGGUGCCUGUUGAUGUUGAUACAAAUACCCCCUGUUAUGUGCUUUUGGAGGUUACUUACAAGGGAACACAGUGGUAUGAAGAAACAACGGAAGAACUUAUGGCACCAAGCCUGCUUCCUGAGCUUCAUCUGCUAAAACAGAUUAAAGUGAAAGGCCCCCGAUACUGGGAAAUAGUGAUUGACUUGCACAAAGGCCCUCAGCAACUCAAAUCAGUUCUAUCUAAGGAUGGUGUAUUAUAUGUCAAACUGCGUGCUGGGCAGCUUUCCUACAAGGAGGACCCCAUGGGAUGGAGAAGCUUGCUGGCUCAGACAGUCACUCACAGAAAUUCAGAGGCCCGCAGCUUUAAGCCGGAGGCUAUAUCUGCUUUCACAUCUGAUCCAGCAUUGCUGUCAUUUGCCGAAUACUUCUGUAAACCAACAGCUGAUAUGGGUCAGAAACAAGAAAUCCUGGAUUUAUUCUCUUCCAUUCUGUAUGAGUGUGUAACACAGGAAAACCCAGAGAUGCUGUCUGCGUAUAUUGCAAUUGACCAGGCUGUGAGAAGAUUAGAAAGGAAAGAGAUAAGUGAGACCUUUGAGCUGUGGCAAAUCAGGCUGGUUCUAGAGUUCUUCAGCUCUUUGAGCCUCCAAGAAAGGAUGAAAUUGAAUCCAAAUCGAGGGCUUUUCAUGAACUCUGAGUUCCUGCCUGUUAUGAAAUGUACUAUUGACAACACUUUAGAUCAGUGGCUGCAAGCUGGUGGUGAUGUGGCACUGCACUCUUAUUUAGCUGGCCAGGAUGUAGAAGAUUCUCAGUCGAGCAUGCUUGCAUGUUUCUUGGUUUAUCACUCUGUCCCAGCACCAAAGGAGCUGUCACAAGUUACACUGGAAGGAAGCCACUGUUUUUCUGACCUGCUGUUGAAAUUCAAAACCAUGGGAUUGCCAGUGAGAGCAUUACUGAGGCUUGCACCCUUGUUACUUGGAAACCCCCAGUACUUGGUUCUUUAGCCAACUUUGAGCCAAUCAGAAGUUCUAAAAGAUUUGUAUGUAUGAGGAGUUCUCUAGAAUACUGACUUUCUGUACUUCGUCUCAGUCAAUGGGAUGUCCUUUGGUAUGAUUUAUAAAGUGAUACCUAUUAAUUGAAAAUAACUUUACUUAUUCAGCCCUUUAAUUUAACGCUGGAUUAUCAGUGAGAAUAAAGUUUACAAGAAGGACUUACAAAGUGAUAUGGAGCCAUAAUUAGGUACAGAUUUUGGAACUGGGAAAUCCUGGGACAGCAAAGGCCCAAGAGACAGAGCAUUCGUAGCCCACAACUUCUUUGCCUUUUGGCUAACGAAUGAGAUGAGGCGCAAUCA